AUGUCUUUCUCCUCAGGUAAAGUGACAGCCUUUUCUGAUCUAGAUGAAGAGAUUGACUUCCUUCACUCAGUCAUUGCCAAGCAGGAAGUGUCAGAGGUCAAACAAUCAAAACAAUCAGGUGAGCCUUAUGUUCCAUAUGCAUUUUUAUGCAUUUUAUUACAUGUUUUUGUUAGUUUUCUAUAGAUGUGUGUCGCUAUAUAUAAAACGUUAUCUAUACCACAAUAAUAACAAUGUCUCUGUCUUUCUCUUUCGCUCUCUUACUCUCUCUCUCUCUCCCAGACACCCCCUCCAAGGCAGUUCCUAUGACUCAGACAAAGUCUCCCAGACAGAGAGGCCAGGCCCAACCCUCGGAGGAGCAGCCCACCACCGCCCACCCCUCUACCCGGACCCCGCAGCCUGCCACUGGGGCUCUGGAGAGGGUGGGACCGGGAGGACCUGGAGGCCCCAUAGCCAUCCCAUACCCCUCCAAGGACAGUCUCCUUGUCAGUAAGUGUCUUUAUUAGUUGAAAGUAGGGACACGUUUAUGGCGUGAGAGCAGCAUGGAGCACCCAGGCCAGCUCUACUAAGCCGGUUUAGGAUGACACAAAUAUACAAAGCUAUUUAUAAGGGAAUAGGUUUGUAAGUGGUUCGAUUUCAUCUGCAGUCACACACAAUUUCAUAAUUUCUCCUCCUUUUAUGUGUAUCUUGUCUUCAAUCUAUCCUCUUCUCUGUUUAUGUCCAUCUCUGCAGUUAUGAUCUCUGUGUGUCUCAUCGUUGGCACUGUGGCCCUGAUCUUGGCUACAGUUUGCUGGGUCAGGUAAGACUUCAGACAGUAACAAUAUCAUUAUGUUAUUAUUUAAUUUGACAACUAAGAUGUGCUAGACUCCUUUCUAUUGUUUUACUGUCAAGUGUUGUUUUUGUUAGAGCAUGUUGAAUAAUUUCCCAACACAUUUUAUGAAGGAUAGAUUUAAGCACUGCACUGUUAUUUGCAUCCCAAAUGGCACCCUACUGCCUAUGGUGCACUUUUGACCAGGACCCAUAUAGCUUUGGUCAUUUGGUAGUGCACUAUAUAGGGGAUAGGGUGCCAUUGGGACGCAUCAAGGAUGAAGUGAAGUGCACUGCACUGUUAGGAUGCAUCCCAAAUGGCACCCUACUCCCUAUAGUGCACUACUUUUGACCAGGGACCAUAAGGCUCUGGUCAAAUGAAGUGCACUAUAUAGGGAAUAUCGUGCUAUUGGGAAGUAUCCUUAGUCCAUAAUGCAGAUGUUUUUUUAUAUAUUUUGCCUGCUGUUCCUUCUCCAGUCUCUCUGGUCUCCCGAGUGGCGCAGUGGUCUAAGGCACUGCAUCGCAGUGCUAGCUGUGCCACUAGAGAUCCUGGUUCGAAUCCAGGCUCUGCUGUAGCCGGCCGCAACCGGGAGACCAAUGGGGCGGCGCACAAUUGGCCCAGCGUUGUCCAGGGUAGGGGAGGGAAUGGCAGGCAGGGAGGUAGCUCAGUUGAUAGAGCAUGGCGUUUGCAACGCCAGGGUUGUGGGUUCGUUUCCCACGGGGGGCCAGUAUGAAAAUAAUAAUGUAUGCACUAACUGUAAGUCGCUCUGGAUAAGAGCGUCAGCUAAAUGACGUAAAUGUAAAUGUAAAUGUCUCUAAUGGCUCAGAAUAAUGUUGCCCCCUACAGGUUACAGAAGGAAUCACAUCUGGCCCAGAAGAUAGAUUACCCUGCAUUUGGAAGCAAUGGAAAUGGAACAGCCAACAGGACUUCAGUAAGUACAUUGUCCCGCAUGGGGCACCGUACAUCCACCUCAUCUAAAUACAUUAGGAGUCUAUUUCCUAUUACCCAUACCCAGAUUAGACCCUUUUCUCUUUGGUCCUCUAUUGUUUCCACAAGCAAGGGGGGAGGCCGAUGACAUGAAAGCAAACCCAUCAGACCAACUCCUUGAAUGGCCAACUCUUGAAGUUUGUAAUUGUGUCCAAAAAACACAAUUUUGCUCAAAACAUAUUUGUGUACCCAUAAGUGUGUGUACAUUACUGUAUUUAUACUUGGGAUAUUGUUUUUCAACAGGGAAAGUUCAAAGAUAGCUGAAGUCCUGGACUAGGAAGCACUUUGAAUAUAAAAUCCCUAUAUUGAACAUGCAUUUUAGACCAGGAUUAGCCUUCACCUAUGUCCGGGAAACCAGCCCUAUAUGUGUGUAAAUAAGGGACUAGGCUAUUUUUUGUAUGAUUUAUUUCCUUCUGUCAAUGUGAUUUUACCACAGGAUGUCUGUGACGUAAGCGUCCUGUUUUCAGGCUUUGCCUCUGCUCUGCUUUUCCGCCCCACUGAGGGUGGUUUUCAUGGCUCUCCUUCUCUCCUUUUCCCUUUUCUCCUCAGUCGGGGGAUAAGAAGUUGGCCCAGAGUGCUCAGAUGUACCACUACCAGCAUCAGAAACAGCAGAUGCUCUCCAUGGAAAAGUGA